CAUGGGCUUGUUCCAUGAAAAACGACGUGAUCUUGAAGAGGAGAAGGUCCAUCUCAACAUCGGAUUGAAUAAGAUCCGUGAGACAGAGGAGCAAGUAAAGGAACUACAGAAGAGUCUUACACUUAAGAGCAAAGAGUUGGAGGAGAAAAAGACUGCAGCUAAUCUGAAGCUGAAAGAGAUGUUGGCAGAUCAGCAGAAGGCAGAAGACGAGAAGCGACUUUCUGAACAGCUGCAAAAGGAGUUAGCUGAGCAGCUCAAGCAAAUUGCCGCGAAAAAAACGGAAGUGCAGAAAGAUCUGAGCCAGGUCGAACCAGCAGUCGAAGAAGCCCAACAGGCUGUCAAGGGCAUCAGAAAGAACCAGCUGGUAGAGGUCAGAUCCAUGGCCAGUCCACCUGUCAUGGUGAAACUUGCCUUAGAAGCUAUCUGUAUCCUACUGGGAGAGAACGUUGGCACAGACUGGAAGGCAAUUCGUGGUGUUAUGGUAAAAGACGACUUCAUGCCGCGUAUCUUAGCCUUCGACACAGACAGCAUCACCACGGAUAUCCUCAAGCAAAUGGAUAAAUAUGUACAUAAUCCUGACUGGGACUUUGACAAGGUCAACCGAGCAUCACAAGCUUGCGGCCCUAUGGUGAAAUGGGCUAAGGCGCAGCUUCUCUACUCUGGAAUGUUGCACAAGGUCGAACCACUUAGAAAUGAGUUGAAACGUCUUGAGUCUGAUGCUAAGAAGAAGACCACGGAAGGUAACGAAGUGAAAGCCAGAAUUGCUCAACUAGAGCAGUCUAUCGCUGCCUACAAGGAGGAAUAUGCACAAUUGAUUGGACAGGCUGAGAGUAUCAAGAUGGAUUUGGCAACUGUUCAGGAGAAGGUCGGUCGUUCGACUGAACUCUUGUCAUCGCUACGAUCUGAACGUGAUCGCUGGUCUGGUGGAUGCGAUGGAUUUGCUCAACAGAUGGACACCCUUGUUGGAGAUGCCCUUCUGUCUGGAGCUUUCCUUGCCUAUGCAGGGUACUUUGACCAACAGCUUCGCGAUGUUCUAUUCCAUCGCUGGAUUGAUCAUGUACAAGGAGCAGGUGUUAAAUUCCGCCCAGAUCUGGCUAGAAUCGAGUAUCUGUCGACAGUUGAUGAUAGACUACAAUGGCAG